AAUAAUAUUUCCUGUUUUGUAUUAUUUUCUUUUAUUACUAAAAUGAGUAUUGAAAAUGUCGUCUGAUAAAACUAUUAAUAAAUUAAUAAUUGCAGUCAAAAAUAGACCUUGCAUCUACGACCCCACCCACUGUCAUCAUAAAAAUAAAAAAGUGAUAAACAAAUGUUGGAACGAAAUUGCUGUUGAGCUUAAUGAAAAACAACAAAAAAUUUCAAAAUUAAAACGACGUUGGAAUGGACUGAUGAGUAGCUACGCAAAAUACAGAAAGGCAAAUAAUUUAACAAGAGAAUCUAUAAAUGACCAAUACAAAGGCUAUAAUAUUGGUCCCCAGCUGGAUUUUUUAGAGCCCCAUUUCCAGCUUUUAACUGACCAAGACAGCAACUCGAAUAGCAGUACGGAAAAUGAAAGUACACAUGAAUCAGUCAUCGAAUCUCAUGAAACACUGAUAACUCAAACAGAUGAUAUAACCUAUCUAUUUUUAAGUUAUGCUAAGACAUUUCGGAAGUUAUCACCAAAAGUGAAAAUUUCCCUAAAACUAGAAUUGGCGAAUUUGUUUUUAAAAGCGGAAUGGGAUCAAAUACAGGAUAGAGAUUAUAGUAUACCAUUGAAGAUGGAAACGCACUUCUCUGAUGAUGAUUGAUGAUGAAUCUUGAAAUAACUAGUUGAUGCAUAUUAAAUGUUAGAUAUUGGUUUGUGAAGCAUUUGAACAAGGGAUGAUGAAAUGUCAUUUCUUGAGAAUUGAAGGUGUUAUAAUGGAGUAUUAAAAAUAUCAUAAACA